AUGAAAAACGACGAAACGUCUUUGUCGUCUUCAGCUUGUUUUAAUAGCGUGAAGAUGAAUAAAAAAAAUUGUCAAUGGAAUUUGCUUGUGGCAUGUAAUGAAGGUUUGAUUGGAUAUCAUGGAAACGUGAUCCAACGGAGUAAGACGAUUUAUUCUGACGACGGCAAAUUCGAAGAAAUAAAAGAAUAUUCAGCAAUGAGCGAGGCUCCGGAAGUAGACAAAUCGCAACCUGAAUAUCAAUUAACAUCAUUACUUGAACAUAUUUCCAUUCAUAUUUUAUUAUUAAUAUUUGUUCUGCUGAAAUUCAGUGAACAACAAUUUUUUUUCUUUCUCCAUCUCCAUCUCCAUCUCAAUCAAAAGCAACAUCAUUGUUGGCAGAAUGAAAAGAGAUUUCCUAUUGAUAUUAAUAAUGAAUGUUCGAAGCCAUAUCGAAUAAUCUGA